UCUUCAGUAAUGCGAUGCCAAAGCCGCGUGUUCAACUCCACAAGAGCGCUGUCUGAUCCGAGGGAACUUCUUCUUCCAUCCAGCGCCUCGUCGUCGUCUUCCCUAUUCACUUGAUGACACGCCUCACAGCGAUCGUUCCAAACGCGUCUCUCCCUCUCCGCCUCUCACGUCUUUCGCACUGAAAGUUUGCUUUGAAAAAAAGAAGAAAAAAAAGUGAAAAUGAACAACACCGGGUUCAACCAAACGGAGGGCGGACUGCUCAACAAGACCGAGGAGUUUUUCUGCUGCAACUUUUCCUCCGUGGUGACUGACAACGGCUUUGUGGCCGCCGCUCCGGACGAGAGGAGCCUCUUCGUCACCAGGGUGGUCCAGAUCGCCGUCAUGUGCGUGUUGUCCCUCACGGUGGUUUUUGGCAUAUUUUUCUUGGGCUGCAACCUUCUCAUAAAGUCAGAGGGAAUGAUCAACUUUUUAGUGACGGACAGGAGACCGUCUAAAGAAGCGGAGGCAGUUAUUGUUGGAGCCUACUGA